AUGGAGUUAAUCAACCUUUUGCAGAAGGCUGAGAAUCACCAUCCUACUUCACCACCAUCUAACAAGCAAAAACAACAGUCCGACAAGAAUCGGCCACCAUUGCCCCCAACCACGCCGACAGCCAACCGCUCCGUUGCCCCCGAACCAAAAUCUACUACAGCAAAAGUUCACCUCCACAGCCAAGCUGAAUUCAUACAUUCCGACAACACCAACGCCGAUUCCGUUAACGGACUCAGUUCGACUGCUGAUUCAGAACCCGGAUCCGAGCUACAUGCUGCCCGACUCAGGCUAAGGCGCUCUAAAGGACUCAAUUGA